AAAUAGCCUUCUCCUCUCCAGCCUCUCCACUUUCCUCCCCACACCACUACUCCAGUCCACCACUCUCUUGCCUCCAGAAGUUGAGGGGUUAGCUUUUCUGUCCGCACGCGGGCUACUCGGCUACACGAGAGCUUCCCGUUGCGCGAGCAUGGCCACCGCCUCCUGGCCGCCGACGCCCAGGUCUCCGCGACCGCAGGCGCCGUCCGUGGAGCGCGCCAAGGGCCCCUCAGGCCUCGACAAGGUCGUGCUCCGCGAGGCGCGGGGAUUCUCCGCGGAGGUCCAUUUAUAUGGAGGUCAAGUGACCUCUUGGAAGAAUGACCGUGGGGAUGAAUUACUUUUUGUAAGCAGCAAGGCCACUUUCAAGCCUCCAAAAGCAAUCCGUGGUGGCAUACCCAUUUGCUUCCCCCAAUUUGGCACUCAUGGAAUUCUUGAGAAACAUGGAUUUGCAAGGAAUCGGUUCUGGGCUAUUGAUGAUAAUCCUCCACCUUUUCCAACAAGCACUGCUGCUAAAGCUUUUGUUGAUCUUAUUCUGAAGACUUCUGAAGAAGAUCUCAAGAUAUGGCCUCAUAGGUUUGUGUUAUCCAGCUUAUGCUUUGUUCCUUUCUUUGUGUGCAUGUUAGUCUCAAUCCCCUACUUUUCCUCGUGUUUCUUUGAACAAAUAAUGGCGUGCAGCUUUGAAUUCCGAUUAAGAGUUGCUCUUGGGCCUGGAGGAGAUUUGGCUCUCACUUCUCGAAUAAGGAACACCAACACUGAUGGAAGACCAUUCUCAUUUACAUUUGCAUACCACACGUACUUCUCUGUAUCUGACAUAAGUGAAGUGCGCAUUGAAGGCUUGGAGACACUGGACUACAUUGACUGUCUGAGGGGAAAAGAGCGAUCCACAGAGCAAGGGGACGCUAUUGUGUUCGAAUCAGAGGUUGACAAAAUAUAUCUAGAUGCACCAGCAAAAAUUGCAAUCAUUGAUCAUGAGAAGAAACGGACAUUUGUCUUAAGGAAAGACGGGCUUCCAGAUGCUGUUUUGUGGAACCCAUGGGACAAGAGGACAAAAAACAUGCAAGACUUUGGGGAUGAAGAAUACAAACAUAUGUUGUGUGUUGAACCUGCAGCCGUUGAGAAGCCCAUUACCUUGAAGCCUGGCGAAGAGUGGAAAGGAAAAAUGGAUCUCUCCGCAGUUCCUUCCAGUUACUGUAGCGGGCAGUUAGAUCCAAAUAAGGUUCUUCAAGGCUGAGAGUUCUAAUUUACUACACCAUGUACAGGAACACUUAAUGUCACUUAUAUUAUCUGGUGCUGAUGCUGCAUCUUAGCAUCUACUUGCCGUCCACUUCAUUAUCUUACCAUUUCCACAUUUUAAUGCUUAUUUCUUUCUGUAUGAAGCAGCAGAGAGACACUGAAGUAACAAACGAUCCUAAUCUUGGGAAAAUCUGCCGUCAGUGAACUGAAUUACCGAUUAGUAGCACCACUAAAGUAUUGUUUUCUUACCGAUCAGUAGCACCACUAAAGUAUUGUUUUCCGGGUCAUGUGGAUAAUGAUGAUGCAUUGAUCUGCAUCUCGGAUGUAUCUGGCUAAUUAUAUUUGCAAACUGUUCCCUGUACCUUUCCUUUGUUAUUAUCAUUAUUACUGCGAGUAUAUCUGGUUGAUUUUA